AUGCUAGCAACGAAGCGCCUACCUCUCAGAACCGUGGUCUCUACCGCAAGGCUCUUUGCCACCGAAUCAGUCUCGUCCUCAACAACCGACUCGCUGCCCCCACCGUCAUUCAACAAUCCUCCCAAAUCGCAGCCGACUCGCCUUUAUCCCCGACCGCGAUCAGCGGUGCUAGAUACCCAGAAGCCGUUACAGAGUCUUCCGUCGACCUUUGGCCGCAACCAGCUUCUGCCCGUUUCCUCCUCCACUAGAGCGUUGCUGGAGAGUAUUGUAGCUCAGUUUGAUGCACCAAUCAGGUAUGCCUUCGCUUAUGGCUCUGGGGUCUUCGAGCAGGAUGGAUACACGACAAAGGAGACUGGGGAGAAGCCGAUGCUCGAUUUCAUGUUUGCAGUAACCCAUGCAUCGCACUGGCAUUCAAUUAAUAUGCACCAGAAUCCAAGUCAUUACCCUUUGCAUGCGCGCACCUUCGGCUCGUCGUACGUCAGCAGGAUAGAGGAACUUGGACCGGGUGUAUGGUUCAAUGCAUAUGUGCCAAUGAACGGUGUCACGAUCAAAUACGGAGUCACAACGGUGGACAACCUAUGUUCCGAUUUGCUCAACUGGAACUCGCUAUACCUCGCUGGUCGGAUGCACAAACCCCUCCGAAUCAUCAAAGACGAUGCGCGUGUGCGGCUGACACAACAAGUCAACUUGACGUCCGCCGUUCGCACCGCGUUGCUCACGCUUCCUCCAUCCUUCCCUGAGAACGAGCUCUUCGAGCGCAUCACCUCAAUCUCGUACUUGGGUGACCCACGGAUGAUCCUUCCUGCCGAAAACCGCAACAAGGUCGCGAACAUCGUUUCCAGACAAGGGUCGCAAUUCAGGGAGCUGUAUUAUCGGCUAGUAGUCGGCCUACCUGGCGUGCGAUGGCGGGUAGGGGAGGGUGUGAUUGAGCAGGAAGACACAGCGAAGGCGCGGGCGGCCCAUUUGAGGAAGUUGCCUAGGAACUUACUCGAUCGAUUGAAGAGCAAAUAUGUUGGCUUGCCAGAAGAUGAGAGCACUUACUGGGUUCAGAUGGCUGAGGAUGAAAAGCUGCCUCAGACAUUGAUGCAAGGUAUGUACGCUACAUUUCAGAUGGCUUUCAAGCUGAUCUAUCGGACAGAAAUCAGUGGUAUCGUUCGGUAUCCCGCUACGAUCCAAUCUUUGAAGGGUCUUGCCACUGCUGGACUGGGCAAGAGUCUUCGAUACAGUGCUGCGAAGAUCAGCAAGUGGCGCAAGAGCUCAUAA